UUAUGUCUCCUAGAUGGCGCAGAAGAUGAAGCACAUGAGAGUUUCUCUUCUUCAUUCUCGCUUCUAAUGUUUCAUAAUGUUUACUUUGUAACUUUCGUCUGCUCGAGCACGCCUGUCUGCCUACGGACUACCAAAUUUAGAAGGAUGGGUAAGGUUAUGUCUGCACUUGGCCAUAGAGCAACAAAACCAAUAAGAGACUUCAAUAUAGAGAGCAGAGCACACCGAGAAAUCACAAAGGAGAAGCGGCCAGUAGCACCAAGGCAUGAAUCUACAAGACUAAUCAUAGAGGAAUCCAUUAGAAAUCAGCCAGAGGAGGUGAGGAAGAGUCUCGAGCAAAAAGAUGAUAUCUUGCUUAACAGACUGAAGCAGAUCUAUGUCACUUCAGAGGAUCCAAUGCCUACAAAGGAAAUCCCUGACAACCCAGAACGAUCACUACCAUCAGAUCGUUCAUAUGCAGCAGACCCUGAGUAUGGCUUUUAUGAACCAAAAGCAGUGCCAUAUGGGAAGAUAACUCUCCGAAAUGCACUACAUGCAAUAGGAAUGCACCAGCAAGAUCCUGAGCAGUGGACAGCCAAGAAAAUUGCAUAUGAAUAUAAAAUAGAUGAAGGACUAACAGAGAAGGUACUUAGGCACUUCCGCACAUUUGUCUUAAUAGUUCCAGAUGAUGUAAAAAAGAAGAGAAUUACUUCAGAGGUAUUAAGAUCUACUCCCUUAGUUGCACCACAUUCUAUUAAACAACUGCCUGCUGGUUCCAGUAAUGCAGCCGAGAAAGAUGAGAAGGCAAGUUGAUAGUCCAUAAAAUAUAAAAUUGUAGUUGCAGUAUGAAAAUAUAUCCUUUGUGGUUGUCAUGGCCUUUAUGUGGCCUGAUGAUAUGAAAAUGUGCAGGGAUCCAAGUAUACAUAUUGGCAGGAUUUUAUUAAACUCUGAAAAGAGAGCAAAGGGUUUCAGGUACUAUCAUCUCUUUUAUUUUCUUAUUCUACUAUAUUUUCUUUUAUUGUUAAUGGCCAUUGUAAUUAUCAGGUUUUGUAGGCUGCUGUUUGUAUAUAAUUCUCAUAGUUUACCUUUUGAAUUACCUUCAUUAGUCUUUGACCUAUUUAUCUAAGUAGGGACUUGAGUUAAUAUCAGUCAACUUUUGUGACAAAUUUCAGCUGCACAUGAAUUAUUCUUAAUGCCUGUAUAUAUAAAGUUUAUAAUAAAACCUUUGGAAAACUUCA